AGGCCUGGCUUUUACCAACUAACUGAUACUUUCGGCUUCAACCUUCAACUCAUAACAAAACUCAUCUGCGCCUUUCGCCUCGAUUAUCUCAACUACCGCACUCCAUCCACUCUAACAACUUGCCCCGGCUUCUGCGACCACUACCUAAACCCCAUCUGCAUGAGAAAAUAUGACUAUAGAGUCUGAUUCGGUAUCGGCGGCACCGCCGCUACUAAAGCGACAAGCGCACGAUACGACAAGCCCCGCCGCGCGCACACCUUCGAGGAUAGGCACUCCUCCCCCACCUUCUGACCGAGGAACACUACAGGUGAUGAAUAAUGUUGAAGGUGGCAACUCGAGAAAUAUACGUCAUGGCGGACGGAGAGGUGAGAGGGCGAGUAUAGGCGGCAUCGAUCCGGAUGGUUUGACGCGGGCUCUUUCGAGGGAACUUUCUGCCGACAGACGAGAUAGCGCUUCGAGUGCGAGUCCUAGUAGGAAGCGACAGCGUAUCAAUGGCGAUAGAUUUAUACCCGCGCGCGUUGGCCAGGAUAUAAUAUCCGCCUUCAGUCUCAUGCACGAGGAAGGGUCGCCAGCUACACCCUCACGGCAGAAAAAGCGAACACCACAUGGAGAGGUCAACUUUCACCGAACUGAGGAGGCGAAUGAUAGAUUCUCUCGAGUAUUAAGAGCGGAACUUUUCGAGAACACCAUACCGCAGGCCACGCCGCAAACGUUGUCUCCGGAUGCCAACUUACCAGGCUCAGCACACUCUACACAUACUCAUAAUGGCACAAGAUCCCAUACUCCACCUAAUAACCCUCCUCCGUCUCUACCCUCAAGCUUCACGCCAUCAACACCUCACAAGAAUCUCUUCUCUUAUAUGUCUCCCCGCCAUCAUUCCAACGUCGCUGGCCAGCCGACGCCGUCCCGAACACCACAGAGCCGACAUGGCCCCAAUCUAGAUAUACGAUCAGAGAUAUAUAGCUUGUCUCCGGUUCGCUUUGGAAGCCAGCAAAUGCUAUUAAGCCCGAGACGCCAACCUCGAGCAGUUAGUAAAGUACCUUAUAAAGUACUAGAUGCUCCCGAGUUAGCCGACGACUUCUAUUUAAACUUGGUUGAUUGGGGUAGUGCUAAUGUCUUGGGUGUUGGUCUGGGCUCGAGUGUCUACAUGUGGAACGCCCAAACAAGUCGAGUCAAUAAACUUUGCACACUUGAAGAUGACACAGUAACGAGCGUAUCAUGGAUUCAGAAGGGCACACACAUAGCCAUCGGUACUGGAAAGGGUUUGGUUCAGAUCUGGGACGCCGAGAAGACGAGGCGUCUAAGAACGAUGACUGGGCAUACUGCACGCGUAGGAUCCUUGGCCUGGAACACCCAUAUCCUCACAUCAGGAUCUCGAGAUCGAUUGAUAUAUCACCGCGAUGUUAGGGCCCCCGACCAAUGGAUGCGAAAGCUUACGGGUCAUAAGCAGGAGGUUUGCGGCUUGAAAUGGAACUGUGAAGAUGGCCAAUUGGCAAGUGGCGGGAAUGACAACAAACUCAUGGUCUGGGAUAAGCUCUCUGAGACACCUUUGUGGAAAUUCUCUGAUCAUACCGCUGCUGUUAAAGCGAUAGCAUGGUCCCCUCAUCAGCGAGGUCUCCUGGCCUCAGGCGGUGGAACUGCUGAUCGAAGGAUAAUAUUCCAUGACACAGUUCGUGGAUCAGUCAUUAACGAGAUCGAUACCGGAAGCCAGGUGUGCAAUAUCUCUUGGUCGAAGAAUUCCAACGAAAUUGUCUCGACACAUGGCUACAGCCAGAAUCAAAUCGUCGUUUGGAAGUACCCCGCCAUGACCCAGGUGGUCAGCCUUACUGGACACACUUACCGAGUUCUGUACCUGGCGAUGAGCCCCGAUGGCAGGACAAUAGUCACAGGAGCUGGCGAUGAAACCCUGCGAUUCUGGACCGUAUUCGGAAGGAGACCAGGCCAGAGAGAAGACAGCGAUGGCGGGGGACGACUGAGCGACUGGGGUGUCAUUCGGUGACGAAAUCAAAUUCGAACUCGAUCUAUUGUACGAUGACAAACUCUACUUCACCAUAACGAUAUUCACCUAGUUUCACGAUAUCUUCGAAGGAAAAGCAUGCUGCCUUUCCACAGUUCCUUGCAUCCAUUGGCGUUUUGC